AUGGACCAGCUUAGUCAAAAUAUACCUACUCAAAAUAUCAACAAUAAUGAAUAUGGUGCAGCAGCAACAAUAACAAAUGUUGCUGGACCUUUAUUGGAUAAUACCCAAGAAAAAAAGAAGAGAAACCUAAUGCAAGUGGGCCUAGGCAGUCAUCAAACUGCUGGGAGCAUUUCAACAGAGUACUUGAUUGUGACGUUGAUACUGCAGCGUGUAAACACUGCCACAAGAGUCCCAACUAGUAGUAGGUUUAACCUUCAAGCUUGUCGUAGGGCAGUGUAUGUUUUUGUUGUGUUAGAUGAACAACCAUUUAAGGCGAUUGAGGGUGAAGGAUUUAAAUACUUGUGUAAAACAUUGCAGCCCCAAUUUACCAUUCCAUCUAGGCGUACAAUAGCUAGAGGUUGCUUUCAGUUGUAUUUGGAUGAAAAACUUAAGUUGAAAGCUUUCUUUAAGUCUAAUUGCAAUAGGGUGGCCCUUACUACUGACUGUUGGACAUCAAUUCAAAACCUUAAUUACUUGACUCUUACAUCACAUUUUGUUGAUAAUGAAUGGAAUUAUCAAAAAAGAAUAAUUAGCUUCACAGUUAUACCAAACCACAAGGGUGUAACCGUAGGUAAAAAGAUAGAAGAAGUUUUAAAGGAUUGA